CAAACUGCUCCUCUCGUACUCUCAGAAGUUUUCCUUCCACGACCCUCCACCACAACGUCGCAUAACAUUCCCAAGCAUGGCGUCGGAUCUGUCAACUGUGGUGCAGCUUCUCCAAGCAACACUAGACCCUAGACAACAUAAACAAGCUGAGGCAGCACUCAAGAACGAAGAACGACAUCCUGGCUUUUCCCUCCUAUUACUCAACAUUGUUGCAUCCGAAUCCCUGCCUCUCACAACUCGACUCUCUGGAGCUCUGGUCUUCAAGAAUUUCAUUAAAUUCAACUGGGUGGACGAGGAUGGAAACUACAAGCUCUCAGAGAAUGAAGUGACAACUAUCAAGAAAGAGCUGAUUGGCUUGAUGAUCGCGGUACCUGCCAGCAUACAAUCGCAACUUGGAGAGACGAUCAGUCUGAUUGCAGAUUCCGACUUCUGGAUUAGAUGGGAUACAUUGGUGGAUGACCUGGUCUCUCGCCUGACGCCCGAUAACCCGAAGGUCAAUAUUGGAGUCUUAGAAGUUGCACACUCAAUAUUCAAGAGAUGGCGGCCACUCUUUGCUUCUGAUGACCUCUACACCGAGAUCAAUCAUGUUCUUGGAAAGUUCGGCUCGCCAUUUGUCCAGCUACUUGCGAGCACCGAUAGUCAGAUCGAGGCGAACAAGGACAACAAAGAUGUGUUGAAGCAAUAUGUGGAAGUUAUGAAUCUUCUGGUCAAGCUCUUCUACGAUCUCUCCUCGCAGGAUCUUCCUCCUAUUUUUGAAGAGAACCUCGCCGAAGUCACAUCCAUGCUACACAAAUACCUGACGUACGAAAAUCCAUUAUUGGCUACGGACGAGGACUCGGAAUCCGGACCAUUAGAGUUUGUCAAAGCUGGAAUCUGUGAAGUAAUGACUCUGUACAUGCAGAAGUACGAGGAUGCCUUUGGAGAGUUGUGCAAGCCGUUUAUCACAAGCACUUGGAAUUUAUUGACGACAAUUGGCCCGGAGACAAAAUUUGACAUCCUUGUGAGCAAGGCAUUGCAUUUCCUCACAGCUGUAGCAAGCAUUGAUACCCAUGCCCAAAAUUUCAAUAACGACGACAUCUUGGGACAAGUGGUAGAGAAAGUCAUCCUUCCGAACGUCAGUCUGCGAGAUUCAGACAUUGAGCAGUUUGAAGAUGAGCCAAUCGAAUAUAUUCGAAGAGAUCUGGAGGGCUCUGAUGCCGACACACGCCGAAGAGCAGCCACUGACUUCUUGCGGAAGCUUCUGGAGAAAUUCGAGGGAAUUGUUACAAGUGUUGUUGGACGUUAUAUCCAACACUACUUGGAAAGCUUCUCCAAGAGCCCAAGCGAGGAAUGGAAGUCCAAAGAUACUGCGGUGUACCUUUUCUCUGCGAUUGCAGCCAAAGGUAGCAUCACGGCAAACCACGGUGUCAAGACCACCAACUCCCUGGUCAACGUGGUUGAGUUCUUCCAGAACAACAUUGCCAACGACCUGAUUGCCGAGACUGGCGUAGAACCAAUUCUGAAAGUCGAUGCCAUCAAGUUUCUCUACACUUUCCGUAGUCAGCUGACUAGGGAACAAUGGACCGCGGCAUUUGCACCUUUGGUCAAGAAUUUGGCAUCAUCUAACUACGUGGUUUACACAUAUGCUGCGAUUGCUGUUGAGCGUGUUCUGUUCCUCACCAACGACGCCGGCCAGCACAUUUUUGGAAAGGACGAGGUUUCUCCCUUCGCCAAGGAUCUACUGGAGCAUUUGUUCCAAUUGAUUGAGAAGGACUCUGCCCCUGAAAAAAUCCAGGAGAACGAGUUCCUGAUGAGAUGCGUGAUGAGAGUUUUGAUCGUCAUUCGAGAUGGCGUGCUACCUAUUGUGGACAGCAUCCUUCAGCACUUGAUCACAAUCACUGGAAUCAUCGCUCAGAACCCAAGCAACCCUCGCUUUUACUACUACCAUUUCGAGGCGAUGGGAGCACUCGUCAGAUAUGCUGCUCCAACAAUGCCGGAGAAGCUGGAGGAGCUGUUGUAUCCUCCUUUCGCCGGUGUUCUCUCGAAUGAUGUGCAAGAGUUCAUGCCAUACGUAUUCCAAUUAUUUGCUGCUCUUCUGGAAGCACGUCCCCAGGGACCGCUAUCUGAUUUUUACAAGGCUUUGAUUACCCCAGUCCUCUCCCCUGCCCUGUGGGAGUCAAGAGGCAAUGUCCCGGCUUUGGCUCGUUUGCUCUCUUCGAUCAUUCCCAGAGCCGCUGCAGACAUCGUGGCACAGAAUCAAGUCGAGCCAAUCCUGGGAAUCUUCCAGAAGCUCAUGGCAGGGAAGACGAGAACCGAGCUCUACGGUUUCGAUGUCUUGGAGGCUGUUAUCACUUCAUGCGAAGUGACUGCUCUGGAGCAGUACUUCCCUACAAUUCUCACCAUACUCUUUACUCGACUAAACGGCAACCCACCAGAAAAGUUCAAGCAACGCUUUGUGCGAUUCUAUCAUCUCAUCUCGUCUCGUGAUCAGUCUGGUCUAGGUGCAGAUUUCUUCAUCAAGAACUCUGAUGCGGUCCAGGACAGCGUUUAUGUUCCAGUCUACCUCACUAUUAUUCUCCCUACAACCCAGCAGCUUGCACGGCCACUCGAUCGUAAGCUUGCAGUUGUUUCAUUAACCAAGACACUGGCAGAUUCACAGGCUUUUGCCGUGAAGUAUCAAAAGGGUUGGGGAAAGACCUGCGAGGCAUUAUUGAAAUUGCUGGAAAAUCCUCCGAUGCCAGUAACAAACGAUGAUGUGGUUGUGGAGGUUGAUGUCGACGAUUUGAGCUUUGGAGUUGGCUUUACACCACUCAACACAUGCAAAAAGGUGCCACGAGAUGAGUGGCCAGAAGUGACAGACGUCAAAUCUUGGGUGGGAUCUUAUCUCAAGACAGCUGACGCAAAACACGGAGGUGCAAUUGGUGGAUACGUGAACGAGAGACUGUCACCUGAAGCAAAAGGAGUGCUACUAUCAUACAUGAGAUAGUCCGAAACGAUGUAACGACGGAUAAUAGACGACGAGAUGAUGCGAGCAUGGAGCGAAAGUGUAAUAUUCUCGGGGAGCUGUCCCGACGCCAAUUCUAUGAGCGAAAUUUAAAAGCAGUAGACUUGAUUCUAUCUCAGAUAACACAGUUUGAUCUUCAA